AUGCCCCGCCGCCCGGGCCCGCCUCGCGAUUACUACGAAGAGGAAAUAUACGACGUGGAGCGCGAACGAGAUCCAUAUCGGCCGCGCGCCCGCGACUACGAGUCUAGAGAUGUCGAAUAUCGGCGUCGGAAGUCGGAACCUUUGGUCGAUGAUAUGGAGCGUAUGGGGUUUCGCGAGCGGCCGAGAAGGGAGUUUAUGGAAGAAAGCCUUGAACGGCCCCCCGAGCGAGAAGAUAUGGUCUUUACGCGUUCAAGGGAGGAGGUAGAAAUGGAAUCGCCCGAGCGGCCUGUGCCUCUCGGUCGCGAGGAAGGGUAUGGACGGCCGCCGAGAUCGCGGCGCAGACCCCGCGCUCGAGAGGUGGACGAUGAGGAUCUUGUUUUUGAGGAAAGGGAAAGUCGUCGGGGGAGUCGUCGGCAUCCGCGAGAUCUGGAAGAGGACUUAAUUGUCGAUGAAAGAACGAGACAUAUGGAAAGAAGACCUCGUCCGGAACGCGAAAUCGAGCAAGAUCUUUUUGAUGAAGAGGAUAGACCGAGAGAAAGCAGACGGCGCCCACGGAAGAGGUCUGAGGAGGAUAUUAUUGAUGAAAGAGAGCGGGGCGGAGAGAGACCGCGUCGCUCAGUGCCAGAGUUCGAAGAGCCGGAACCGUUAGAGCGCGAAAGCCGUCGGAGUAGGCGCCGUCAUCGGGGCGUGGAAGAAGACGAUGUCGCCUUCGAAGAAAGAGAGAUUCGCCGAGGAAGCAGACGUCACCCCGAACGAAGGUCGGAGGAUGAUCUUCUUGUCGAAGAGAAGGAAAUACGCAGAGGAAGCGCACGUCAUCCCGAGCGCAGAUCAGAAGACGACCUGCUGUAUGAGAGAGAAAGGCGACAUCGGAGACGACGUCCGGAGCGAGAGCCCGAGGAAGACUUUGUCGAAGAACCACGCCAGCACGGAAGAAGACGUCGACCGGAGGCCGGGAUUGAGGACGAAGAACUCCUCAUACGGCGAAGAGAAGGCGAGGGCCCUUUACGUCGCGGCUGGGACAGCGAGCGCGACAUGCGAUCACAUGAGAGAACGCGUGGAUUUGAGGAGGAAAGGUAUCGCCGGCCGAGACCAGGGCCCCCGCCUGCUCGCAGGGUGGAAGUCGAGGAAGUUAUUCCCGAUGAUGUGCUUCCUGACCGACAUCGGAUUCCAAUUGAUCCUUCAGAAGACGACUUUGAGGAGGAAGAUGUGAGCAUUAGGAGGAAGGGCAAAGCACCCCGCCCAAUUGAUCCUAGAGAAGAGGAGAUCGUCAUGCGUGAAAGACGCGAGCGACGACGAAGUCCACCCAUUGAAGAACCUGACCGUGAGAUGAGAGGUCUUCGCCGGGAGCGUAAGAUGGAUCCUUCCUUCGACGAGGAGCUAAGCGUCCAAUCGCAGUCCGACUCCAAUAUGCGCCCACGAAAUAUUGUUGUAGAUGAAGAGGUGCGCAUCAGGAAGACGAAGGAUAUGGUCCCGCCAUCACCACCUUCUCCCCCGUGGAGCCAAUACAUGCACCUCCGAUUACUCGGGAUGUGCUAUGAAGAAAUUCGACCUCCUCGCGUACCUACACCAGAACUGCGGCCGCUGAGAGGCAGUCCCAAUAAGAUUGACAUACCCACUCGUAGAACGCGAGGCGGGCGAUCGUCCGAAGAAGACAUGGUCCUCACACGUCGUGAUAGCGACGAAUCUCUCGCCCCCGAAGAUUCAAUCUCACCCACCAGUGAAUCUGUCCCCGACUUCAAGAACCCAUGGGAUAAGCCUCGAUCAAAGCACCACGCUCGGCCCAAGGUAAUUGACAGCGAGAGUGAAUCAUCAUACCACGCCUAUCCAAUGCCGCCGAUGCCGCCGAUGCCACCCAUGCCUGACAUGAAGGAGGCAGAAUUCGAGAGCGCUCGAACAGUACAUCGAGCCCCAAAGAGCACGGAUGACUGGUCUGUGGUACAUGCUCUGACCAAAGCCGAAGCAAUUGAAAUGACCGGAGCCCUGAACGUCAUCGAAGUCGAACCACGACAGGCAGGAGAUCCAGUAGAGAUGGGACGAAUCGCACAACAAGUAACAGACUCUAAAAACCCACGCGAUGACCGGUGGACCGAAAUCACGAAGAAAUUGGUCGUGAAAGAAGCCAUUGAGCAGAUGGGCUAUGAGUACGAAGAAACAAGAAGCUGCUACUACAUCUUCUCUUACCUGACAUCGGACGAUAUAGACGAACUCGUCGAACUCUCCGAUGAGAUUCGAAGUGCUCGUCGCAGACGCAUCCGCGAUAUCCAGCGAGAAAGAUCAUCUCUCCCGCCCCCUCCUCCUCGUAUGAGACCACCUAGAAUGAGUGUCCCUCCUAUGCCUAUGCCUAUGCCCAUGCACCCGCCCAUGCACCCGCCCCCACGAGCACGAAUGAUGGAGAAACGCAUGCAGGAAAUGAGGGACCGGGAAUGGAUGUACGAUCGACGGUGA